GCACACUUGUUGGUCCCUGGCUGGCAGUCGAUAGACGGAGUACGAGCCGAGCACUCACGCUGUGUCUGUCGCCCCGACGCCGCUCUAUCCUCCUCGCGGCCACCCCACUCGCCGCCGUUUCGGUCGGAUUACACCCUCUUCAAUCCAGAGUGAGGCUGCAGCCUUUAUGAAAGGUGAUGCCGGGCAGAAAGGGCUUGUUAGCCCCGCAAAACACCUUCCUCGACACAAUAGCAACGCGUUUUGAUGGAACCCACUCAAACUUCGUGCUUGGAAAUGCCCAGGUGCCGAGUCACUCGCACCCGAUCGUUUAUUGCUCUGAUGGCUUUUGCGAGCUGAGUGGAUGGGCCCGGGCGCAGAUCAUGCAGAAGAGCUGCGCGUGCAAAUUCCUGUGGGGACCCGACACCAACGAGGAGCACCGCGAGGCCAUCGAAAGCUCCCUACAGGACAAGCAGGAGCUCAAGAUCGAAGUUAUUUUCUACAAGAAAAAUGGCUCACCGUUCUGGUGCCAAUUGGACAUUGUUCCGAUCAAGAACGAGAAACGGGAAGUCGUCCUCUUUCUCGCGUCGCACAAAGACAUCACCAGUACAAAAAUGGCCGAGAUGCAAGGCGGCACGAGCGUGCCGGGACUGAUGCCAGGCACGCUCGACUCCCCGGAGGAGGAUGACGAAAUGCCGAGUGCCAACCACAUGGGCCGCCGCCGCAGCAGAGCCGUCCUCUAUCAACUGUCAGGCCACUACAAACACCAGGACAAAGUCAAGCCCAAAAUCAAAAUCAGCAGUUCGCUUCUGACACACAAUCCUGCCCCUCUGCCAGAGUACAAGUCGUCGUCGGUUAAGCGUUCGCGCUUCAUCUUCUCGCACUACGGGCUGCUGAAAGGCGUGUGGGACUGGCUGGUGGUGAUUGCCACUGUCUACGUAGCCAUCGCCAUCCCUUUCCUGGCGGCCUUUGUGCAAAAAGACGGGGACCGCGACUCAAGAAACCUGCUGCCGGACGUCACUGUUGAGUCGCUUUUCAUUGGCGACAUAAUUCUCAACUUUCGCACAACCUACGUGAACAAGAAAGGCGAGGUAGUGAGCUCGCCGCGUAGCAUCGCGCUCAACUACUUGAAGGGCUGGUUCGUCGUCGAUCUGCUCGCCGCCAUCCCCUUUGAUCUCCUCUACGCUUCCGACGUCUACACCGCCGAGUCAAACCACGCUCAACACAUAAAUUUGCUGAAACUGACGCGUUUGCUGCGGCUGCUGCGCGUGCUGCAGAAAAUGGACCGCUACAGCCAGUACUCGGCCAUGAUCCUCACCCUGCUGAUGCUCUCCUUCAGCCUGGUGGCGCACUGGAUGGCCUGCAUUUGGUACGUGAUCGCCGAGCGGGAGCGAAAACACCACGAGCAGGAAUGGAACCUCGGAUGGCUGUCACAACUGGCCACGCGGCAGAAUGUAGUGACCGUGGAUGCUCUGACGCAGUGGGACUGCUACGUGACCGCUCUGUACUUCACCUGCUCCAGCCUCACCAGCGUUGGCUUCGGCAAUGUGUCGGCCAAUACGCUGCAAGAAAAGGUUUUCAGCGUGUGCAUCAUGCUCAUCGGUGCUCUGAUGCACGCCGUUGUGUUUGGUAACGUGACUGCCAUAAUCCAGCGGCUCUACUCAAGACGCUCCCUUUACCAGGCCAGGUGGACUGACCUGAAGGACUUCCUGGCCCUUGCUCAGGUCCCAAAGGAUUUGAAGCAGCGGAUCGAGGAUUACUUCCAAACAUCGUGGUCCGUCAGUAACGGCAUUGACAUUAACGAGAUCCUGAAAGAGUUCCCCGAGGAGCUGCGCGGCGAUGUGUCCAUGCACCUGCACAGGGAGGUGCUGCAGCUGCCCAUUUUCCAGCAGGCGCCGCAGGGUUGCCUCAAACUGCUCUCGCUGCACAUCAAGUCCACGUUCUGCGCGCCUGGCGAGUACAUGGUGCACAAGGGCGACGCCCUCAACUCGCUCUACUACCUGUGCCAUGGCUCCAUGGAGGUGCAGCACCAUGGCAUGGUGGUCGCCAUAUUGGGGACCGGUGAUCUAGUUGGUUGUGAUAUUCCCCUUGAAAACUGCAGUACUGGCGUGGCCAAAUCCAGCUGCGCUGUCAAAGCUUUAACGUAUUGCGACUUGAAGAGCAUCAACAUGGUGGGCCUGGUCGACGUUCUCAGACUGUACCCCGAAUUCCAGCAGGAAUUCUGUAAUGACAUCCUCCACGACCUGACCUACAACCUCAGAGAAGGCUACGAAGCUGAGCAGGACGAGUGCGAGGAUUACGAGUUGAACCGGGCUCCGUCUUUAACUCUGCCCUCCAUCAGCGAGGCGGACGAGUCGCAAGCCGCUGACGACGAGUCAUCGCCCCUGCAGACCAGUCAGGAGCUCAAGACCAGCAACAACAACAACAGCACUCGAAGUCCCAAGGCACGCAGCCUGCUCGCCACCAGGAGCAAGGGCAGCGUUGGCCUGACUGGCAGCCCUGGCAUCACCUCGCGCAACAGGUCCGGCGUGGUAAUGUGCGCGAAUGGCGUGGUGACGAGGAGCAGUCCGUCCACCUUGAAGCGGGUUGUCGCGGUGGAGCCGCUCGAGGAGGAGGAGGAAGAGGAAGACGAAGACUCUGAGGAGCAGAAGACCGCGGCGGCGAAGAAGAGUCAGCACUCGAGCCCGACGGCGAAUUCGCCGGCCGAUAAGGCUGAUGACGAAAAGGUCGAGAGGCUUCACAUGGACGUGACCCAGCUGUCACUCGAGGUUAGAUCAGCAUUGCAAGCCCUGAAUCUGCUGGCUCGUCCCUUCAACACCGGCACCCUUGGCCAACCUUUGCAGCGAUCAUCUAAUCCUAACCUGACAAACGCCUCUGUACUUGGCGGUGCAGUCGUGCCUCUUUUGGACCCAAACCUCCUGACCAGAAGCCACAGCCAGCCUGCCGAGCAGUUUUGGAGCGAGGACGAAACAUCAAAGAAACAAGUGAAGGCGACGCAAACUGAAAUGUGCCAAAUGGAAAGUCUGCGCACCAUGAUAAUGGCUAAUCCCGAUUUAGCAGCCCAAGUCCUGAAAGACGUUCAGAAGAAAAAGUAUCGCAAGAGUGACAGUGACUGCCACUUGAAGAAUUACUAAAAAAAAUCAGAAUCCCUUCUGACAGAGAAAAUAGUUUCAGGUUUGAAUUUUAUUAUUUUCACACAUCGGUGAAGGAUGAAUGAACUGAUAAUGAGUGAAACAGCAACAAAUUUUAAAAUUAUAAUUUUAAAGCAGACCAUUUCUUUAAUUUUGAAGAAAUUUUUUAUUUUGAUAGAUCUGCCAAACCUUCACCAAAAGCCAUUGAUUUCUGAUUGGUAGCUUGCAAGCAGCUCAUGAGAAAAAAUAUUAUUUCAUGUGUUUUAAUGAAAUUUAAUUGGGUUUUCAAUUCAGAAUAAUGUUCAAUUAGUUUUAACUUUUAUGGAGGUAAGAACAAUGUUGACCUCCAAUAUUUUCCAAGUCUCCUCUUCACAUUCCAAAGAGAACAAGAAGCAAAUAUAAUAUAUCCCCUCUUUUUACCUUUACAUUGUGUAUUAUUUCCUCUUUCGCUUCGCAUCUAUUCUUGCAGGCCCAUCUGCUAUAAGCUGAAACCCUUACAAACAUUUAAGUGGCUGUUGCGAACAAAUGAGAUUGCGUUUUCUUUUCUUGCCCCUUCUUAAACUCAUAAUCAAGGUCUAGUCUUCGUCUGACGAUCGGAUAAUAAAGCAUUUCGAGAGAGAAGUGCAUUGCCUAUUCACUUGCAACAUUUUGCACACUUCUUCCUUAUUGUACUUGAUUCACCUGUAAGAAAAAAUUCGCCAGAAAACAGCCACGAAACGGAACACGCAGGAUGAAUAAAACUUUUGCUGUGAUGAUUUACUAAUAUGUGCAUAAAGUGUAUUAAAACUUGUUGUCUAUUUGUAAAAUGAAGGAGACGCAGCGCUGAUGUUUCUUAAAAUUUAAGAGAGACAAAUUUAAUCUGAUGGCACAUCGUGUAUUCUGUAUAUUGGUAACAUGCACAAAACGUUGUUGUUCUCGUCUCAUCUGCAGUUGUGUUCAAAACUGUAAUUUUAAGAUAAAAAUGCUUACAGAGAACUUGAGUAGUUGCAAAAUCCAAGAAUUUAAAGGCGAGAAAGAUGUUGUUAUUUUAGAUUAAAAACUCUAUGUGAAUUUUUAAUUGCUACAUGCUAAGUGAAAUGCUGACGAGUUAAUUAUUCUAAGAGGAAGCUGAGAUAUAUCAAAAGUAAUGUGAAUACAGAAUUGUCUGCCUAAUUGUUAUAUGAAAUUGCUGAAGAAAAUUUUACUGAAUGGAAUGGCCUACAUGUAUUUUUGACUUAGGAUAGUUCAGUCCUUCAACGCACUGUCAGGUGCUGAAUAGUGUAUGUAAUCGCAAUUUAAUAAAAUAAGUCUUGUUUUCCAUA